GCAACACAGGUUUGGGUUUUUUUUUCUGCAUGUUCUCAGUAGACAUUCUUCAGGCCGCAAAAAAGCCACCCAUUCCCGCGUUUAAUCCCAGAGACGCUGCCGCAACUCCGCCCGUCAAGAAGGACAUGGAUGUCAUCUGCACCAUCUGCUGGGAUUCGCUGGACAGUGGGCGCAUCUACGCCACCACGUGCGGGCACAUCUUCCACGAGCGGUGCAUCGUGAACUGGACGAUGCGAAGCCACUGCUGCCCGGAGUGUCGUCACGAGCCGACCUUUCCGAUGCGUGUAAUACACUUCACCUGGCAGGAGCAACUCGAGGCGCACGAAAUGCAGCCAUCGCCGGACGGGCAGCAGGAUGAAGCUAACUCAAGCGACCAGGAACACCAGCCGCCGGUACGGAAAACCGUUUCCACGGAGGAUAUGUUCUCGUGCGCCGGUGGAGCAGAGGAGCCGGAACGCAACACGGUCGAGAUGGCGGAGCUGACGCCACCACCGCCGGAGAGUUCUCGUGCCUCGCAGCAGCCGAUCGACGGCACGGAGCUGGAAGGUAAACAUAGCGAAGGCUGCGGCGUGUGUGGCCGCUUCCACUAUCUGCUGGAGAAAGCGGUCCAGCUCAGAAACACCAUCAAGGAGUACGAAAAAGCGCACCGGGCGGGUUCUUCGCCCCCAAGCCCGGCGGCAUCGGAACAACUGAAGCAGGCCCUCUGCUCGGGCCCAGUAGCCAAACGGGCACGGCAAUCGAGGCCUCCGCUGUGAAGUGUGACUUGUCAUCGCCAUCCAAAUUAUACCGUCGAUUGAUCUGUUGAGAGUGGAUAUUAGUGACUGGCCGUGACUGAAGUCCACAUAUGGCCAUCGAAGCGGUAGGUUCGAAAACAACGCGCGCAGACAGAAAGCCCAACACACAUCCGGGAAGUGCGGUAGCGGAAAAAAGGCUGCGCUGAUGACUUCUUGAUGCAUAACGCGCGAAGAAAAAAACCCACCAUCUUCGGCUGGGCCGAAACCGAGUGGAUCAAAUUUGUUUGGAACUAUUUUUUUUUGUACUGUCUAAACUCAUUUCGGCACUGAAGAUCUAUUGCAUCCAAUGACCUCUAACAUAUUUGGAUACGAUUUCCAAUAACCUUACGGUUUUCGCAUUUCGUUCAUUGGGUAGACGGAAUUCCAUUAGUGACCAGAAUGUUUCUAAUGUUUUGUUACGAUCAGCUAUUGCAAUGAAUUUCAAGAGAAGCAUACAUUUUUAUAACUCUUA